ACUCCUCUUCUUUCUUCUCUGCUAGUCCUGUGUUGUGCUACCAUACCAUACCAAGCCACCACCUGUCCUAGCUUCUUCUUGGAAAGAAGCCCCAGGAGAGAAAGAGAGAGAGAGAGGAAGAGGAGGAAGAAGAAGGCAACAGUCAUGUCUUCCCCAAGCAAGAGGAGGGAAAUGGAUCUCAUGAAGCUGAUGAUGAGUGAUUACAAGGUGGAGAUGGUAAAUGAUGGGAUGCAGGAGUUCUACGUCCAUUUCCAUGGGCCUAACGACAGUAUUUACCAGGGUGGUGUAUGGAAGGUGAGGGUUGAACUGACAGAAGCUUACCCUUACAAAUCCCCUUCCAUUGGGUUCACCAACAAGAUAUAUCACCCAAAUGUCGAUGAGAUGUCCGGUUCUGUCUGCUUAGAUGUUAUCAACCAGACCUGGAGCCCUAUGUUUGACCUUGUGAACAUCUUUGAGGUGUUUCUCCCUCAGCUACUUCUGUAUCCUAACCCCUCGGACCCCCUGAACGGCGAUGCUGCUGCGCUCAUGAUGCGCGACCAGAGUGCCUAUGAUCAGAAAGUCAGAGAGUAUUGCCAGAGAUACGCAAAACCUGAAGAUGCAGGUGUGGAUGAGGAGGAGGAGGAGCCGAGUGACGAGGAGCUGAGUGAUGCCGAAGGCUACAAUGACUCCGGUGAUGAGGCCAUCAUGGGUAACCCAGAUCCUUAGGUUAGCUCAGUCAGUAUGCAGAAUUAUGUAUGUCUGCCUGCCUGCCUGUACAUAGCACUCAUGCUGCCAUGGCAGAUGCUGAAGAAAGUCAUCAGCCAUCAGCCGUCGUCGUCAGUUCAGUUCUUUGUGUCUGUCACUGUGAAUAAGCAAAGUCUAGAGUGUGUUGAAGCAAUGCUGCCUUCAAUUGGUUAGUGAUCGGUCAGGAAAUGUCUGUUGAUUUAUGUUCCCUGCCACUGUACGUUUACCAUGAAAUCUGCGUUUGUUCUAAGCAAAAAAGGUUGCAUCUCCGAUA